GUUUUUUUCUUUACUAGAUUUGGAUCCAUCAAACGUCAAGGACACUUCCAGUCGACCCAGUGUCAAGGGCAAUGUAAUGGUAGCCACAGACCCUAGCACAUUCGCGCGGAAUUCCAUAAAUAUAUAUACUCAGAAAGUGCAAGACACGGGAGGGCAAAAAGAUAGACCCACUUUUGAUCCAGACGCCUUCGCCAAAACGAUCAUCAAAUCUUCCAACUUAAACAUGACGAGCACGCCCAGGAAAGAAUCGACUACAACGACCACAAUUGGCGCGCCCUCCGGCUCCGCCUCUCAGCCUGUUCCAGUUGAGCAGCCCGCUUCCAUAGUUGACAGUGGAAUAGAUCUAGGUGUCACCGGGGAAGGCGAGGGUGAAGCAAAGGAGAAAAAGAAGGUAUGA